AUGGACGAAGACGACUUCCUCGUACCCGGCGACGUCGACGCGCUUCUCCGCGAGGCGGAGGCCUUCGAAGAGGACGAAGUGUUCCCAGUCCCUCCUGACUCUCCCUACGCGUCGUCUUCCUCGCCGCCGCGUCGUCCUCGGGGUCGCGCCGGAACCGACUCUUCGGGCGCCGCUGCCUUUUCGUCGCCCGUCGCGGCUAGGAAGCGAGCCGCUGGAGGGGCAUCUAGCCGCGGUCGCGGCGGCAGCGCGCGCGGCUUCGCGGAUGCCGGCACAGAAGUUGUUGACUGCGACGCCCCGAGCGGGCCUUCGGCGCCCUUCGGCACGCCGCCGCCGUCGAAGCGGUUCAAGAAUCGCGAGGGACACGCGGCGAGGGCAAACGGCACGUCGUCUUCCUCGUCGUCCUCUUCGUCGGCAGGGGGCGUUUCGCGGGCGGCGCGGGAGGGAGGAGACGAUGUCGACGCGCUGUUGACGUCGUCCUACGGACCGCUGGCCUUUGGCUUUGACGACUGGGGCCCUGUCCCUUCAAUGGCGCGGGCCUCUGUCUCUUGGCCGCAGGGGCCGUCGACCUCCACAGAGUUUCGUUCGCACUCCACUGAAGAUUUCUUCUCCACUGUCCACGACCUCCGCGAGCGCGUGUAUCGGGCGUCGCUUGACGCGAACUCCACUCUGCCGCCGCUCGCCUUCGGCUCCCUCGUGCCCCUCUCGCACCGCCCCGCGGGCCGCGACCGCGAGGAGACAGGGGACGAGGGCGAGGGGGCGCACCCGCAGUCGGCGGUCGAAAAGGCCUCGGCCGUCGCGGCGACGCUCGACGGACAGCACAGAUCUGUUCGCGUCUUCCCCGUGGACGUGCGAGGCGGAGGCAUCCCGUUUUUCCUGAAAGUCCUGUCGCCUGAAGAGGAGCAACGCCGCCAGCGCAAAGCCGCGAGGGCCUGCGGCUCGGCCGCUGUGUACGACGAGGAAGACGAUGAGGCGACGGAGGCUCGCUGCACGCCCGGAAGGACGCUGCGGAGAUCCAUGCAGGAUAUCCUCAGAGAAGCGAUGGAAGAGGAAGCCGCAGAAGCAGCUAAGAAGGCGGCGGAGGCAGCGGAAGAAGCGGAACAACCGUCUCCUCGAGCCCACAAAGACUCCCGCCGAAGUGCGUCUCGCGCGGCGGGGCAGGAAGGCGUGCGGCAAUGGACUGAGAAGUAUCGAGCAAAAAGGGUUGUGGAGUUGCUCAGCCCGCCAGCGACAAACCGCAGCAUGUUGGUGUGGCUGCGGCGCUGGCAGCAGCGUCUGGAGAGGAGGGGUUCGAAGAAGGAGAGAAAAAGUGAAGAUGCCAAGACGGAGGCGAGCCGCAAGCUCCUCAAGGGCAAGACAAAGGGCGACGGAAAUGCGGAGAAAACCGACGCGGGAGAGAGCGACGAAUUCCUACCGAGAAUUCUGCUUCUUGGCGGCGCUCCAGGCAUCGGGAAGACGACCUUAGCGCACGUGUGUGCGCGGCAUUUUGGCUUCGACGUCGUGGAGGUCAACGGCAGCGACGACAGGUCCCGCGCGACGCUCCUGCCGCUUGUGAUGAAUUGCGUGACGGGCGCAGACAGUUUCUUCCACGCUUCCAAGAAGCGCGGAGCCGUGACCGCCUCGACAGGCGCCUCCAGAGCGCGCGAGGAGAGUCAGAUUGAGGAGCGAGCGAAGCGAGAAAAGAGCAAGCGCCCUAUCCUGCUGGUGAUUGACGAAAUCGACGGGGCCGCUGCGGGCGGCGGCGGUGAGGAGGGCAACGACUCCGUCGUUGAGAUCAUUGCACGGCUUGUCAAAAAGAAAGACGCCAAGGGAAAGCCCUUCAUCAAAAGGCCGGUGAUUUGUAUCUGUAACGACCUCUACGCGCGCGUGCUGCGCCCACUGCGCGAAGUCGCACACAUUAUGAACCUGGCGCCCCCUCCCAGGAGUGUCCUCGUCGAGCGCCUUGCGGAGAUUCUGCGAGAGAACAAGCUGACGGCAGAUCGGCAGUUUCUCGAUAGACUCAUCGACGUCUUCGAGGGCGACAUUCGCGCGUGCAUCAACGCCCUCGACUUCAUGUCUAGAAAGUCGCUGAGCGCCGGCAGCCGGGAGCUGCGCGAGGAGGACCUCGAGCUGUGCGCCGUCGGAAAGGAUCGCGAGAAACACGUCCAGGAUUUCGUUCGCUUUGUCUUCACUCCGCCUUCGAGGUCGCAGCCAGCGCCGGCGGCCGUGGGCUUGUGGGCGCCCACGCCCUCGAAGAACUCCGUCUCGUUCUUGGAGGCGUUCGGGGCCCUCGCGCCUGCCGUCGACGCGUACCUGGCGCCCGCGCUCCUCCAGGAGAACUUCACGCAGCUGGUGCGCAACGACUGGAAUUUCGACAAACUGUGCUACGGGACAGAGCUCCUGGCCUUCAGCGACUGCUGCGCGUGUCCGGCGCUGCUCGGUUCGCGUUUCUCCUUCGGGUCGGCGGACAAGCAGAGCGGGACAACUUCGUCCACGGUGUCUCCUGCGGCGCUGUCGCUGCUGCCCUUUUCGCUGUUUGCUUCCCACUUUUGCGUGACCUCCUCGAACCAGGCGUUUUUCUACGCGGCCUCUUCUGGCGGGACGUCGUCGCGUGCGAGUCUCGUCUCGCCCUCGCUCUCCGUCUACCGCGUGUUUCGGAAGAAACAACAGUCCUGCCAGGCAGCCGUCGCCGCGCUCUCCGCGUUCGCCUCGCGCGCACGGCAGGUGUCGCCGAGCGAGGCAGGCGAGGGCGAGGGCGGCCUGAAGGAGCCCGCGGGCGCGCCGGCACCGCUGGCCGCCUGCGGAGACUUGCUCCGCGUGAGCUUCGCUCGCGACACCGUGAGCGCCCUCGUGCGCCUCGCACUCCCUACGUACCGCCACAACACGGACUUCGCCAAGCUGCCGCCUUUCAACGCUGCGCCGGAGGUCCAGACGGGGGCGAGGCGCCCGUCAGCCGGCGGCAGCAUGCGCGGGGAAUCUUCGCGGAGUAAAGCCGACGGCCAAGAGCGUGGAGCCUGGAAACCGGCUGGCGAGAGCGACACUGAGAAACGCCAGCGCGUCGAGUCUGCGCUCGCAGACGCGGAGGCCCAUGGCCUGCCGAAGUCUUUGGCUCAGCUCGCACUCGGCCCUCUUCUUCCGGCGUCCUCUUCGCUGGCGUCGCUUCCCUCGACGAACGGCAAGGCGGCGCCUGCGCGCGGCGGAUCCGGCAGGCGGAGCGACGGAGAACGCCCAGAGCUGCCCAGAUCUGUGCAGAUCCUCGCAAAGAUGGCCGCGCUGUUGACCGCCUACGGACUCUCCUUCAUCGAGGUUCGGCACGACGCCGAGCCCGGCUCGGCUCAGUCAGCUCGCCUUCGUUCGUCUUUUCGCCUCGAGCCGCCUCUCGACCUGCUCCUCUCACUCGAGGACUGUCGCCGGCAGCAGGGAACGUUUCUCCAGGCACGGCAGGGGCGCCGCGCGCCCUCUGGGCUCGGGGCGUUUUCCGGGGCCUCUUCGGCCUCGCUCGUGGCCUGUGGCGGGGCCUCGCGCGGAAGCUCCUCUCUCUUUCUUUCGGCGGCGCAGAGCGACGCAGGCAGCGACCUCUGCUCGCUAUUCCUCGUUCCAAUUGUGCAUCCGUUUUCGGGGCUCUCGGAGCGCUCCUGCAGCUUCCUCAUGGAGGCAAAACGGUAUUUGAACGCACACGAGUCCCCCUUCGCAGCAGGGCCAGUCAAGAAGGAUGCUCAGAAGCCGCCGGCGGGCAAGAAGGGCGAAAAAGGUGGCGAGAAGGUGCUUGACGGCAGAAAGAAGGCCGCGGGCUCGCACGCGCUUCCGCCUCUGGAGAAAAGACGCCUGGGGGGCCAGAAAACGGAUUUGGCGGCAGCCAUCAUUCUCGUGAGAGAGGUCGGCUGGGUGGCGUUCAUGGUCGGAACUGCGGGAAGCGAGAAGAGAAGAAAAAACGCGUCUUCUGCGUCCUCGUCGCACCUACCGCGUGCCGCACCCACAAGCGACCGGCGCUACUCAGAAUCUGCCGAAGGUGCGUUCACACACGCCGCGGAGGGCCGCGAGGGAGAGGACGCGGUUGCUGGAGCAGAUGGACGAGCGAAGGUCUCUGCGGCGCUUGCGUUCUCUCAGUGCGGAGGGCUGAAUAAGGGCGGAAGGAAAUCUGGUGGAUCGGAAACGACGGGGGAGAAGCAGCUGCAGCGCGGAGGCCACGAAGCCGGACUGAGGCUCCAGCACAUGAGCUUGAAGGAUUUUCUCGCCGAGCAAACAAAAGUCGCCCAAGCGAUCCGCAAGUUCGGCUGCGUCGUUCACCAGCUCCCUGCUUCACAGAAAACAGGAAAAACGGAGAGGGGGGGGCAGCUGGGCGGCUGCGGCGCGAGGUCUGUUGUGGCGUGUCUGUUUCAGCGGCAGCGCGAGGCCGAGAAGAGAAGCGACAUGGGCGCGGACGCGGCAGCGACGGACGCGAAAACUUCUAGAAAGGACAGCGAAGGAGGCGAAGGCCAGAAAACGAGCAAGGAGACGAACGGAGAAACGACAACGGCCGGCGAGCCCGAAGACGGGUUUACGGUCAUUCGGAAUAUGACGGACAUGUAUCGCUCUUGCACCAACGGAUAUUUCAAGUUCCUGGAGGGACGCUGCAACGCGGUCGUUCAGCCUGUCGCGGAUGACCUCUUUCUCUGA